AUUCCUUCCCAAAAUGGCGGAUGAAAUUUGCAAGGAAGAGACGAAGUGACCGAAACCUGUCUUUUCAUGAUAUUCUUGUCGCAGAAUUAAUUACGUUAACAAUUUUCACGUUCUGUACUUAUCUAUCAGGACAUUUUCGAGAAUAGGGAGUGAACAUUGCUGGUAGUUAGUAGAGUAAGCUGUGACCAUGGCCAGUCCCACCAAAGUGUUUAACCCUCCAGAACAGGACCUGGACACGCUCAGAUACUCCUACAAUGCAGAAUACACCGCUGACAUCUCAACAAAGAUGAGGGUCCCAGAUAAGAUCCAGGUUGCGGAGGGUGAGGAGAGUUACGUCACGCCGGGCGAAACACGACACGUUCACGCCAGCAUGGACGUACCAGACAGGAUCACUGUCGCAGGUGAAGGACAGUACAAGGGACAGCACCAGUCCCCCCGUACCCUGGACCUGGACACCAUGCUCCCUGCACAACCCCCUCCCGUCAGCUUACAGACCCCCCCUCGCACGCUCACGUUAGAGGAACAUCUGGAGAGUCUGGAGAUCCAGGAACGGCCACAGUCCCGGCCGCGGACCGCCAGCGGCCGCAGGUCCCGAGAACCCCUCGCCGGCCGCGGGCUACCCAACGGAAUCGCAGUACCCGACAGUGAAUUGGCGCCGGCUCCAGCCAACAUGGACGCCGUGACGCCCAUGGCGGAAGACGAGGUAGAAGAACUCCGGCGCCAGCUGUCCAGAGUCGGCAGGAGACUACAGAUCCUGGAGGAAGAGAACGAACAACGAAACCAGCGAGAACUCAUCCUGUACUCCGUAACUCUCGCCUUCUGGCUCAUCAAUGCCUGGAUGUACAUCAGGAGAGACUAGAUGGGUUAAAGGCCACAGAGUUUACUUUCAUUGGUUCCCUACAGUACAGUCAAACCUGGACUUAACCAUUCAAGGGACUUGAAGGGGCACUAUGUAUCAUUUUUGAACCCUAAAUAUCUUAAUUGCAAAAAUAUUCGUUGAAUCUGGCAACAUUCAUUCCCUGAAACUGUACGUACCAUCAGGUCCAGACUUUACAGUUAUAAUGUUGCUCUUCCUCUUCAGCAUAAGAGCCAUUCUUGAACCAAAAAAGUACAUUUCUGUGGCCUAAGUAUUCAAUAUAUAAAAGUUUAUGAACUCUGAAUGAUGAGAAUGGUACUGAUCGUGGAGAGGUAAUAUUUAAGAUUGCUGUUGUUGAAUUUAUUCCUAUUUCUUGAAGAAAUGUGGGCAAUCUGGCAUUUUGAUGUAAAAAUCAAACAAAAAAACUGAAAACUGAAGAUAAAAUGUUUCAAUUUGAGAUUGAAAAAUCAGUGUGGAAAGCAAUCAUUUUUUCUUAGAUGC